UUUCCUGGUUGAAAAUUGAAUCGGUGGAUGAACCUUAUUCCUUCCAGGAUUCAAUAACUUCACUACCCACUAUAUAUACAUAUAUCCUUUUCUGUAACCUUCUUAUCAUCGUAGUAGUAAUUUAAGUUUUGCCUCCAAAAUCAGUAAUUGAGUGUGGUCAGUCAUCUCUUGCUGAUCAAGAGUCAUCAAUUUAUUCUCUCUACCUAUUAAGGGUUUUAGGGGCGUGUUUGUAUCAGAUGGAAAUUGGGACGGAAAUUGAACUGGCGAAGUUGGUCGGCGAUGGUGGACACGUGGCGGGGGCGACUAGAAACUUUGGCCGGAGAUGCAGUAGGUGGGGCCUGCACAGUGAGAUUCUGGGGAGGAGGGGUAAUCUCCCAAUUUGGCAGCACAAGGAUGAGUUCCUGAAGGUCUUUACACAACAUCAAGCCCUGAUCUUGGUCGCUGAACCUGGUAGCGGCAAAUCCACCCAGGUUCCUCAAUUUGUACUGGAGGCUGUUACUAAUGAUACCCAGUCCACCACCUCAGAGAGUCAGGGGAGCAAGUACAUGAUUGGCUGCACCCAGCCUCAAAGGGUUGCUGCGAUGUCUGCUUCUCAACAAGUUGCUAAAGAGAUGGAUGUGACCCUUGGAGAGGAAGUUGGUUACUCUGUUCGUUUUGAAGACUGCACUAGUGCAACUACUGUUUUGAACUACUUAACAGAUGGUAUGCUUCUGAGAGAGGCUAUGACAGAUCCAUUGCUGGAAAGGUACAAAGUGAUCAUUGUUGAUGAGGCCCACCAACGAACGCUGGAAACAGAUGUUCUCCUUGCGCUACUUAAGAAGCUGCUGAAAAAAAGACCCGAUGAUCUCAAGCUAGUGGUUAUGAGUGCCACUAAUCUCGAAGCUGAAAAGUUUAGAGGGUAUUUUUGUGGUGCACCUGUCGUGGAAGUCCCUCAAAGGCUUCACCCUGUAGAUAUCGUCUACUCACUUCAGGAGCAGCAGCCUGAAACUAAUCACCUGGAGGCAGUUAUUCAGACUCUUUCGCAGAUUCAUAGUUUUGAACCCCCUGGAGACAUACUUGUUUUUCUCAAUGAGGAAGAAGAGGAGAUUGAAGGUGUUUGUCGUAGGAUUGCCUUGGAAAUGGCAAAUUUAGGAAGUCAGGUUGGGCCUGUAAAAGUUGUUCCUCUUUGCUCUACACUUCCGCUGGCCAUGCAGCAGGAUGUCUUUGAACCUGCUCCUGCUCCACUGGUGGAAGGCGGUGCUGCUGGAAGGAAGAUUGUUGUCUCUGCAAAUAUUGCUGAAACUUCUUUGGCCAUAGAUGGAAUAGUUUAUGUUGUAGAUUUGGGUUUCUCCAAGCAAAAAGUACGCCCUCGAAUCGGCACAGAGUACCUUGUUUCUUGGAUAUCAAAGGCAAGUGCUCACCAAAGAUCCAGUUGUGCUGGAAGAACACAACCAGGAAAAUGUUUUAGGCUCUACACAGAGAAAAACUUCCACAAUGACCUCGAGCCACACACAACACCAGAAAUAACUCGAUCUAAUCUGGUAAGUACUGUUCUUACUUUGAAGAAACUUGGGAUAGAUGACAUAGUCCAUUUUGAUUUCAUGGACCCUCCAGCCGGGGAGUCAUUAAUGAGCGCAGUGGAGGUAUUGAAGUACUUGAAUGCCUUGGAUGAUGAUGGGAACAUGACCAGACUGGGUGAGAUUCUGAGUGAAUUUCCCGUGGAUCCAAAUAUGGCUAAAAUGCUUGUUGUCAGCUCAGGUUUGAACUGCUCCAAUGAAGCUCUCUCUGUUUCUGCGAUGCUUCUGGUUCCAAAUUGCUUUAUCCGGCCUCAGGAGGCUCAGAUUGCUGCUGAUGAUGCAAGAGCUCGCUUCACUCACGGUGAUGGGGAUCAUCUCAUGCUGUUAAAUGUCUAUAAUGCGUACAGGCAGAACAAGGAGGACCUGCUUUGGUGUGAAAGAAAUUUUAUAAAUCGCAGAGUACUUGUAGAUGCUGAAAAUGCAAGAGAGCACCUAUCUCGCAUCAUGGUCAGGUCUGGACUUAAGUUAUGUAGCACAGACGUCAACAGCCCUGACUAUUUUAUCAACAUUAGAAAAGCCAUAUUAUCUGGCUAUAUCACGCAGGUGGCUCGCUUGGAGCACCCAACUGGCUUCUACUUGACUGUGAUUGGCAACCAAACAGUUGAAUUGCACCCUUCAAAUUGCCUCAGCCACGAAGCCGAGUGGGUUGUUUAUUUUGAUUAUUUAUCAACUACUGGAAGAGAGAAGUUUAUCCGUAUGGUAACGGAUGUUCGUGGGAGAUGGUUGGCCUACUUAACCUCACGUUAUUUUGAUCUCACAAAGUUGCGGAAUAGUUGGACUAAGCGUUUUCUUGAGAGACUAUACAAGCAUCAGCAGGAGAAAGGGAGAGGGGAGCGCACAAGGCGUGAGGCGAAGCGUGUUCUUGAGAUACUGAAGGAGCAGCAGGAGAAAGAGCUGGAGCAGACCAAGAAGCAGAUCCGCAUUAUCAAAAUGGCGCUUGGAUUGAUGUCCUACCGUUAUUAACAAAUAUGUAUUGAUCAUUUUGACAGGGCGUUGUUGCUUUUGAUAAUUUAAGUUGUUAAUAUCGGCUGGAUAGAUGAACAAGUACUCUGGUCUUGGAGACUCUCAUUGUUGUAAUGCUGGAGUGGCUUUAUUGGCUUGCAAUGAUGAUAGUGUUCUGUUCUGCGCGCUUACACAAUAAGCACGGAUUCAUAUGUGGUACUCCCUCCGUCCCACUUUGAUAGUCUUAUUUUCCUUUUUCGUCUGUC